UAAAUGGAUUAUGUUCGGUUGAAUGAAGUGAUUACAUAAUUCAACAAGUGAAUCAGAUAUGGUUUACAUAAUAUGCCGAUAGAUGAGCCAAUUAGUUCCUAUCUACUCUAUUUGAAAAGUGAAGUACUUAUUUUUGUGGUUAUGCAGACACUUGCCUUUAAACAAAUCAUAUUGUGUUGAGAUUCACGAGCAUGACUGCAUGAGACAGCACAUUGGGAGCAUUAUAUUGAAUGAAAAGUCCUCCUACAUAAUUGCACUACUUUGUAAGGACCGAGGAGGCAUUUUUCCCGCUCAUUCUGAAAGGCAUUUUAGCCGCAGGAUCCCACUAACUGAGAUCUUCAGACUACGGAUAAGAUUUUUUAUGGAAUCAUCCCAGAUCAGCCGCAUCCCACUUUUCUUGCUCAAUCAUUCCAUCCUCACACCAUUUUCAGCCCUUUCUCAGAUAGCACAAGAUUCUCAAAUCGUCCUACAUAAUUUCUACCUGAGAUCUACGGACUGUGACUCAGAUUUUUUAUGGAAUGAUCCCAGAUCAGCCACAUCCCAGUUUUCUUGCUCAAACGUUCCAUCCCCACACAAUUUUCUGCCCUUUCUCAGAUCACACAAGAUUCUCAAAUCCUCCUAUAUAAUUUCUACCUGAGAUCUACAGACUACGACUCAGAUUUUUUUAUGGAAUGAUCCCCAGAUCAGCCGCAUCCCAGUUUUCUUGGCCUGAAUAGAAUUUAACUACGGAGUAUUUUUUUUCGUUUUUCUAUGGCCACUUAGGG